GGGAGGAGAGCCACAACCACGUCGAGCAGAGAACACAGGUCCACAGCAAGCAGCAACACGUGCACACGUCUUUUUGUUUGUGUGCGAUUUUGCGUUCAAGACGAGAGACAAGACGAUGGCGAUGAUGUUGCUGAGGCGGAUGCGGGUGACCCUUGCUCGCCCGUUGCUCUGGCAGCACGCCCGCAGGACAAUGGCUGCCAAAGCGUUGCCUACCACGUGCCCCGGCGCCAACAUCAACGAAGGAGGCGAGGAUCCAGAGCUGAAGCCCGACGACCAGUACCCGGAAUGGCUGUGGUCACUGGCGGAAGCGCCCAAGACCUCUGCAGACUUUGACGCAUCAGACAAGUACCACUGGAGGAAACGCGGAAAGGAGCACUGCAAGGACGACAACACCCUCAGAAAGCAGGGUGCUCGCUAACUUGCAUCUUACCUUGCUCACUACCACACACACACACACACACACACACACACACACACGCCUUAUGCACAUAAGCAUCCAUUGUCUGCCCUGCUCUCUACUCUGCUCUGCUUUGCUUUGGUUCUUCUCGUGGUUCUCUGCUUUGUCUACCCAUCUCUGUGUUGCGUGCUCUCGUCAGCCAAUACAGACAGACGGAAGCAACAACAAGCCACUCGCUGCAUGAAGUCAGCCACCUCGCCUUUUUUGAGGGUUGAACGCACCCCCCCCCCACGUAUCUUGUGUUCCACGUGUGUACAGUCACCGCCGCC